CAAUCAAAUUCACCCUUGUUAUUUUAUAAUAAUCUACUACUUUUCAUUAAAUGAAACAAAACAAAUCCUUGGCAAUUCUUAAAUGCUUUUCAACAAAAAAUAGAAGAAGAAUAAAUUUAUCGUUUGAUAUUCUGUAUGUGCUCAUUAUUUUUUAUUUAUUUAUUACCCGGAUCGAAAAAAAGAAGAAUUUAUUUGGAUUUUGGAUCAAAAUAAUCAAGGUAAAUUUUACCAACACAAACAUUAAUUGUACAACCAUAUGGAUGGGAAAUUAAUAAUCAAUCAAACAUUAAAUUGAAAUAACAAGAUUCCGUGGAUACCGAAUAUUCACUCGACCGAAACUGAAUCUAGAAUCAAUACAAAAAGGUGGUGGCCACUAGUUUUUUGGUUUGUUGUCUUUGGCAACCAACAACAGAAUCUAGUGAAUCAGAAUUUCUUUACUUUUUUUUGCUUCGUGUAUUGUGGCGUGUGUUUAUUAUCAAUUCUAUAUUUUGUAUUCUAGUAUUAUGGAAUGAAUGAAUGAAUAUUGGCUUUAAGAAUUCUCAAUUGGAACCGAUAUUGAUCCGACAAUCAAAUUAAUAAUGGAAUCGAUUAGAAUUGAUGAUGAACAUCAUCAUGAUUCGUUGCUUCAACGAAAUUUUAAUAAUGAUAAAUACCACCAACAACGACGACAACAACAAAUUCAACAACGAUUUUUCAUUCAACGAAAAUGUAUUCUGGUGAUAGUCAUAUUUAUAAUUGCUUGUUGUAAUAUUUAUCUUCGAUCAUCGCAAUCAUCAUCUUCAUCAUCAUUGUCAAAAAUUCGUGCCUCAUUACCAAUGCAAAAUGAUGAUAAUGUUGCUGGUGUUGUUGGUAGAUCUGCGAAAGAAAAAGAAAUUAUAUUCCAUAGUCGUCGUAUUUUACAAGCCAAAGAAACGAUUAAAAAGAAUCAAACAAAAAUCAUAAGCAAUAAUCGAACGAUUAAUGACAAUCCACAUAAUAAAACUCACAAGAUUGGACCAAAAAAACCAUUAAUACCAUUGAUUGAUUCGAAAAAUAUCACUUGUAUCGAUCCAGCAUAUAUGGAAUUUCCACCGGAUCUAUUCUCGGAUCGUGCGCGUUCACGUGGUGCAAUCAUCAUACAUAUUGCUGUUGUUUGUUAUAUGUUUUACUGUUUGGCCGUUGUUUGUGAUCAUUAUUUUCUCCCAUCGCUGGAAGAAUGUUCACUAAGAUUAAAUCUAUCCGAAGAUGUUGCUGGUGCUACAUUUAUGGCUGCCGGAUCAUCAGCACCAGAAUUAUUUACAGCCAUUUUGGGUGUAUUCAUUGCCAAAGGUGAUGUUGGUACCGGUACAAUUGUCGGUUCUGCAGUAUUUAAUAUAUUGUUUGUCAUUGGAUUUUGUUCAUUGUUUACUGUUUCAACUGAAUUAAAUUGGUGGCCCGUUGCUCGUGAUUCGUCCUAUUAUACAUUUACUGUUUUGCUUUUGAUUUUGUGCAUUUAUGAUGGCGAAGUAACUACAUUUGAAUCAUUCACUUUACUAUUAUUUUAUGGUGUUUACAUCUUAAUUAUGAAAUAUAAUAUACAACUACGUGAUUUAGUCUUUGAACAAUGGCAAUCACGAUUCGGUGGUGUUAUUGGUGGUGCGAAAUCCACAAUACCUGGAUCGGCAGGUAUCGAUGAGCUUAACAAUCUUAAAGCCAAUACUAUACAACAAGUUCAUUAUAAAUCUUUUCAAGAAAAUGAUUAUGAUGAAUUUGGUGCAAAUAGUUCAACAACAGCAGCAUCGGUACAGCGAAAUCCAUUUGUCGUACGACAACCAGAAACAACAAUGUUUGAAGCAGCAAAUCAGAUAAUUAUUAAAUAUAAACGUUUAUUUCGUCCAAACACACGAUUUCGUUCAGCUGCACAUCUAAUAAUGAUACGAUCGAAAAAAUCUAAGGAUAAAAAUCAAAAACAGCAGCAACAAGGCGAUAGAGAUUUUUACCUAGAUGAUGAUAAUGUACAACCACGUCGUAUGUCUCGAAUUGGUCCGGAUGAUGAAGAUUUUUGGCGAAAAAUUCCUGAUCCAAAUGUCGAUGGAAUGUUAGCAUGUGCCAAAUGGGCCGUACAAGCCCCAUUAGCUGCUACCCUUUAUUACACAAUACCCGAUUGUCGAACGAAGAAAAAUAUGUUUCUAGCAACAUUUUUAAUCUCUAUCAUAUGGACUGCAUUAUUCAGUUAUAUAAUGGUUUGGAUGGUAACAAUGAUUGGUUGGACAUUUGGCAUACCUGAUAGUAUAAUGGGUAUUACAUUUUUAGCUGCUGGUACAUCCGUACCGGAUGCAUAUGCUAGUAUGCAUGUUGCUAAAAUGGGACAAGCCGAUAUGGCCGUCAGUAAUUCCAUUGGUUCAAAUGUAUUCGAUAUUUUAGUUGGUCUUGCAUUACCUUGGUUUGUUGAAACAACUAUUGUUGAACCAGGAACUGUAUCAAGUAUUAAUAGUGGUGGUCUUGUUUAUGCUGUCAUUCUAUUGUUCCUAUCAUUAUUGGCUACAAUUUAUCUAUUUCAUCAUAAUAAUUGGACAUUGAAUCCAUCACUUGGUUAUUCAUUACUUAGUACAUAUGUAGCAUUCCUUAUUAUUAGUUCAGCUAUUGAAUUCAAUCUGUUUGGUUCAGUUAAUCCACCAAUUUGUGGUGAAUAGUCUGAUUCAUCAACAUCAUCAUCAUCAUCAUUGAUCGGAAUGGAAAUGAAGACGAGAAAAAAAAAUUCAAUAACUAAUUAGGUUCGAACAACAUUAAACAAAAAAAUGAAUCAAUCAAAAAACUAAAAAAAAGGUAGUUGCUGGUUCUAUGUGUGAAAAUGUUUCUCUUUUUUUGUUGUUCUUUAUAUCUGUUUGUGUGCUGUUUUUGUGUGUUACAAAUUUCCAUUUCAUUUCUCAUCUAAACUCAAUUCUAUCAUUUGUUGAUCACAUUCACAUAUUCCAUUUUCUCAACAAAUUUCAAAACAAAAUAUUUACUCUUUCUGUCAGUGUUUCAUCAUUUGUGAUCAUCAUCAUCAUCAUCAUCUUACAAUUAUCAAUUGCCAUCCUCUCCUAUACAAACAACAAACCUUAUAAAUAGCGCCAGAUUUUUUUUAGCCCAAUAUUUAUUUUGAA